AUGCGCACUCCACGGGUCGCCAUACUCGUUUUUUCCCUCGCUGCCUCUCUCUUCAUCGUAUUCCGCGCUGUAACAGCCUCCCGAACCACCGUGGUCGCUGCGUAUCCGCCUGCUUCUGCGACGUCAAAGUCCGUCUUUAGCUUCAUGUACUAUAAUACUCCAUUUUCUCUAUUCCCACCAAACGCCGCCAUCAGCUUGACCGACGACAACAGCACAUCCUUCGCCGCUCGGCCUGCAGCCUUCGGUCCCAAGUUGGCUUCCUCGGGCCUAAGUGGUCAGCUCUGGGUCGGCAGUGGCUUCGGCGAGGAUAGUUUGGAUGGUGAUGGAGAGCUUGGGUGCAGCGAUUUGCCUGGCUGGGGCAGCUCAAAUACGAGAGCGUCUCUGAAGAACUCUUUCAAGGUUGGGUCCACGAGGGUCACUUCGGCGAAGCUCAAGAUGCCCAAAACAGGAGCCUCUUUGCUUGACCAUGACAGUCACGGGGUCGUUGCCAAGGGCAAGCCGGAGUCGAGAAGUCCCAAAAACGACAACACGGACAAUUAUUUAACUGAGGAGGUGGCCGGCACACCUUCCCGCCGGGAUGGCUCCAUCGGCUCCUCGGGACAUGCCGACAUACAGUCUAUUCAGGAAGCUGCAGAAAUCGAGGGUAAGAUUGUCCUGCUCAAACGUGGAGGAUGCGGCUUCUUGGAAAAGGUCAUGUGGGCACAGCGUAGAGGAGCCAUUGCCGUCAUUGUGGGCGAUAACCAGAGGGGCGGUCCAUUGAUUCAAAUGUUUGCCCACGGUGAAGACGUCGACAACGUCACUGUGCCCUCGGUCUUUACUGCUUGGACAACUGCCCAGCUUCUUUCCUCAUUGACCCAGCCCGGAAGUUUCAUUGAAGACACCCUCGAUGACAACGGGAAACCCGCCCUCAAGGUCCAGCAGACACCCGCUGCCACCCACAAAAAACAAUCCCAAGCAAAGCCCAAGGCCGCUGCUUCAAAUGGCGCCAAAGGCUCAAAGUCUAAGAGACUGGUGCAUGAGAAGCGAGUCAAAUCUGCUAAAAGUGGCUGGGGACUAGGAGGAUUAUUCAGCCGGGACAUCGCAACUCGCGCAGUGGAUUCUCAGAGCCGCCCCCCAAGGAGCGGACGCUUGGACUGGGUCCUGGUUGACGAGUUCAACGAUGAGAAAGACAAGCUGAUUAGCGACACUUUGGGCAAAGCGAAGAAGCCCAAGUCCAAUAAAGAUGACUUCGUCAUUGGUGUACAUGACUGGAGAGACCCGGAUCUUGUCCGCGCUGUAGGACAGAAGAAUACAGUUGAAGGGGCUCCCGCCGCAAAGAAUGCCGGGUCCGGCAAAUCUAAAGAUGGGGAUGCCAGCUCAGACCGCAGACCAAAAGCUGCGGAGGCCGACUCCAAGCAUCACGGCUUCCUGUCAACGCUAUUUGGGAGUGAUUCUGGCGAUACCGCGCAGUCUGCCGGCUCGUCCGCUGACAAGGACGAGGAUUCGCCAAUCACGCCGUCAUCGACCGAUAGUCCACAACCGCACGAGGGCUUGUGGGUGACAAUCACUCCGACAAGCAGCGCAAGCCCAUUUUUCGAUACCCUACUGGUGCUAGUUAUCAGCCCUCUCGUGACGUUGACCGUUGUUUAUGCGCUCCUCAUUCUUCGAGCUAGGAUUCGCAGGAGACGAUGGAGAGCGCCAAAGUCUGUGGUUGAUCAACUUCCUGUACGAACCUACCACACAGUUGUUUCGUCCUCACCUAGUUUGCCUCCAAGAGUGCCAUCUCCUUCGGCUGCCACGCCAACCACCCCGUUGCUGCAACACAGUCCUCUGCGGCCACGCCCUCGGUCCAGGACCACGACGGGAGUAAUCGAGAGCGAGAAUCUCCUCUCAGCCAGCGGCCCUGUUCCAACACCGCCGUCUCCUCAGACAAGUCGCCGAAGCGAGUUUGAAAAGGGGGCGGGGGGCUUUUCAGCAGAAUGGCGCAAGUACAUGGGCCGACAGGUUGAGUGCGUUGUGUGUCUCGAGGAAUAUGUGGACGGCGUUAGCAGGGUCAUGAGUUUGCCUUGCGGCCACGAGUUUCACGUCGAUUGCAUCACCCCUUGGCUGACUACGCGGCGGCGAACGUGCCCCAUUUGCAAGGGCGAUGUGGUCCGGUCACUGGCGCGCGGCAAAGGAAACGGCCCUCGGUACGACGCCUACCGAGAGGACAGUGAUGACGACGAUGAGGAUGAGGACGAAGCCGAGGCGUCGGGGUCUGGUUCAGCAGACAGACAAUCCGACUUGGAACAAGGCGUCCCAUCGUCAGAACCGAGAAACGCGCCGCAAAGACGGGACAGAGAUGGUGGUUGGCUGGGUGUCUUGUCCAACAGCUUCCAUGGCAGGACGCGACCUCGUCCUCGAUCGCCCUCUCCAGAGGAUCGAAGUCGUUAG